AUAAAAGAUGGCACACAAAGAGUGACUGCCAGAAAAGCCACCCGGUUCUUAAACAGCCGUGCAUCAUUAGCAAAACUCACCAGCUCCGAGUGCAAAAACUAGAAGUGACCAGCAGACCCAGGACUUUAAACUGCUUCCCCUGAGACUAAAGAACACAAGAUGGUUUUGGAAAUGCUGAACCCAACGCAUUAUAACAUCACCAGCAUGGUGUCCGAAGUCGUGCCAGUUGCCGCCAUGCCAGUCCUGCUGCUCACUGGCUUUCUAAUCUUGGUUUGGAAUUACAAGGAUACAUCCUCCAUACCAGGGCCUGGCUACUGUAUGGGAAUUGGGCCCCUCAUUUCCCACUGGAGGUUCCUGAGGAUGGGGAUCGGCAGCGCCUGCAACUACUACAACAAGAUGUAUGGAGAGUUCAUGAGAGUCUGGGUAUGCGGAGAGGAAACACUCAUUAUUAGCAAGUCCUCAGGUAUGUUCCAUGUAAUGAAGCACAAUCACUACGUCUCCCGAUUUGGCAGCAAACUGGGGUUGCAGUGCAUCGGCAUGCACGAAAAUGGCAUCAUAUUUAACAAUAAUCCAGCCCUCUGGAAAGCUGUUCGACCUUUCUUUAUAAAAGCUCUGUCCGGCCCCGGCCUUGUGCGCAUGGUGACAGUUUGUGUUGAAUCCAUUACAACACACCUGGACAGGUUGGAGGAGGUCAGCAAUGAGUUGGGCUACGUCGACGUAUUGACCCUCAUGCGGCGCAUCAUGCUGGACACUUCUAACGUCCUCUUCCUGAGGAUCCCCUUGGACGGAAGGGCCCUCGUGGCUAAAAUCCGUGGUUACUUUGAAGCAUGGCAAGCUCUCCUUCUCAAACCAGACAUCUUCUUUAAGAUUUCUUGGCUAUACAAAAAGUAUGAGAAGUCUGUCAAGGAUAUGAAAGAUGCCAUGGAAAUUCUGGUAGAAGAAAAAAGACGCAGGAUUUCCUCAGCAGAGAAACUGGAAGACUGUAUGGAUUUUGCCACUGAGUUGAUUUUUGCAGAGAAGCGCGGUGAUCUGACAAGGGAGAACGUGAACCAGUGCAUUCUGGAAAUGAUGAUCGCAGCUCCCGACACCAUGUCUGUCAGCGUGUUCUUCAUGCUCUUUCUCAUUGCCCAGCACCCCAAGGUGGAAGAGGCAAUAAUGAAGGAAAUCCAGACCGUUGUUGGUGAAAGAGACAUAAGGAUUGAUGAUGUGCAAAAAUUAAAAAUGGUAGAAAAUUUUAUUUAUGAGAGCAUGCGGUACCAGCCUGUCGUGGACUUGGUCAUGCGCAAAGCCUUACAGGACGAUGUCAUUGAUGGCUACCGGGUGAAAAAGGGGACAAACAUUAUCCUGAAUAUUGGAAGAAUGCAUAGACUCGAGUUUUUCCCCAAGCCCAAUGAAUUCACUCUUGAAAACUUUGCGAAGAAUGUUCCUUACAGGUAUUUUCAGCCGUUUGGUUUUGGGCCCCGAAGCUGUGCAGGAAAGUACAUCGCCAUGGUGAUGAUGAAAGUCAUCCUGGUUACAGUUCUGAGACGAUUCCAUGUGAAGACAUUGAAAGGAAAUUGUGUUGAAAACAUACAGAAAAGAAAUGACUUGUCCUUGCACCCAGAUGAGACUUGCAGCACGCUGGAAAUGAUUUUCACCCCAAGAAACCCAGACAAGCGCCUCAAACACUAAAGAAGGAUGGCCAGUACCUACUCUGGAGGUACAUCUCUCAUCGGUAGUUAGCCUGGAAACCACCCAUCUCUGCCAGGCAGUGUCACCCUCAGCGAACGUUCCAUGGCAUUUUGCAGGCAUUCCUCCUGUGGGUUGUCUGCAAGUGAGGAGAGACCGGUCAUCUGAUCUUGUCCGAACCAGAGAACCAGACUGCCAGAGGCCAAGAGUUUGCAGGGGAAAAGGUCAGUGAGAAAACUACAACCCUGAAGGCCCAAUGCCAUGGAACAUGCAUUGGAAAAGAUCAGUGAAAUAUGUCUGGCUUUCCACAGAAUCUCCACUGCCCUGCCCUGUGAGCAUUUUAUAUCUGGGGCAGAAGCACACACGUUGAUUAGAAAGGCCAGGGUACCUGGGUACUUGGGGCCAAACAUACCUGCUAGUGUGAAUAAAAGUGCUUUGAUUUGGCUUUUGGUAUGGCUAAGGACUGCCACAUUUUAUAAUCUUUGGAGAAAUGUGUACAAAUUCAGCAUUUGCCUUUUCCUAUGAUUUUUAUCCAAUCAGCAGCUCUUGAUUAUCCACAUGUGAUUGUCUGUGACAAAGGUUAAAUCAGAGGCUAUCCUUACCCAGUCUCUCAAUUCACACCUCAGGCAUUUACCCCUGCUACAAUAGUUGUAGAUUCAAGUAAUAAAAGGUAAUUUAGUGAUAGCUUGAGUGAAAUAUAAUUAGGACUAUAUAUCUGCUAUGGGAAAAAAAAUUUCAAAUGAUGCAUUUCAAAUUCAAAUAAAAACUCUUGUUUUAUGGUUGCAUUAUUAGUUGGCUCCAUUAGGGCUGCUAACCAAGAGAUAACUUUAAAACACGGCAUCUAUUAACUCUUUUAAUGGCUUCAGUGAUUUGGCGGAGGGGAAGCCCUCUAAGUAUAUACCUAAUUCUACAUCCCCCUGGGUUCAAACUCCUAAGGAGCACCCACCCCUUCUGUUCCAUCAUCCUUCGCCCUCAGCAGUUUUUCCCUCCCUUUCUUCCGCAGGACCCCAAAAGCCAAAGGCAACAGAGCAAAAAAAACAUGGUCAGUGUAGAACCCCUGCAAUCAUUUUUUAUCCUACCUCAGAUUGAACAAAUUACCUUACAGAUCUAACAGUUAUCUAGUUUACUGAAUCAUUAUAUGGAUGAAACACAUACCUUGGAGCACAUUCCCUCUCUAGAGGGAAUCAAAUGAGUUAAUUUUCCAAAUACCUCUUUGUGUUAUACAGUCAGUAUGACUAUAUUUACCGGAUACCAAUUUAAAAACUGAAAAACUAAUUUCACUUAAUUAACUCAUUAAAAAUACGUAAAUGUUUGCCAUUGAAUCAACUGCCAACUCAACAUCUGAAUUGUCUUUUCAACGAACUGUGUGGCAAUAGGGCAACAGCUGAGUAUAAAAUGACGGUGUAAGCUCCUUGGGAGAAGGGGCCCUUUUCUCUCCUUUGUGUUCCAUCCCCAGCCCCCAUUCUGACACCACCCAGACUCUCAAGGUCAGGACUGAAUGGACACUCCUGCCUGCUCUAGCUGACCCCAGAAUCAAGUAAAAGAGGAGGCAGGCGUUCUAAGAGUUCAAGUUCAACCUUUGAACUUGGAAUUAUUUGGAUCAUCUAAAUGGUCCAAACAUACACAGAAACACACCUUUGUACUUAGUAUGUCUGUUAGGCCUAGACAAUCAUCUAAAUAAUUCAGACCCCUGAAAGAAAGGCCAGGAUUUGAGAUUUAAUGUAUCCAGGUUAAUUCACUCGACAGUUAUUAACGCUCACUGUACUUCGCCUCUGCUGGAGCCGCACAGCAGAGGAGAAACAGACUUUGGGUGAGUGUACUGCACCCAUCCAGUCCCCUUGGAACACCUGCUGUAUGUCACAUGCACGUAUGUAGUCAAGGCCUAUGUCUGUACAGUCAAAGUGAAAUGAAAGGUUGAUAGCGUUGUUUAGAGACAAAGCAGAUACAAAAAUUGCUGGGGGGAAAGCCAGGGUGGUGGGGGAAGGACAGAAAGAAGGGAAGUGCUUGUUUGAAUGCUCCAAGAAAACUCUCCCAGAAUCAAAUUACCUGGGUAAUUGUUCAGCUUCUCACUCUGCUUGGCCUGUAUUGACAAACCCCAUAUGUUUGUAUAGAUUUGGUCUAAAGAACUUAGAAUACCACUGAGUUUUCCUUAGACUGAACAUAUGUUUGAAAAUCCUGUUUCCAGAAUUUUGCCUCAUUGUUAAGUACUUAAUUAUCACUCUUGAAUAUGCUGUGGACUGUUCUCACCCAUUCCCAAAGAAGUAAGUUUUCAGUGAAAUGCAUGCUCUAUCUCUGUCAAGUUGUGAUGACAAUUGUACCCUCCUGUCCUUGGGUGUACUGGACAUCCCCAUCUGCCCUGACAUCCCUCUCUUCUCUGUCUAAAGUGGAGACGAAUCACAUUCAAGGACAGCCCACAUGAUGAGAAAUGUCAGUUGGAAGUUGUCACUUUUUAUUUCUAAGCAGUGCUGUGGACUAGUUGUGGUGUUAGUAUUCCAUGUAAGCCAACUGAAAGAAAUGCUAGCUGGACCCUCCUCAAUCUCCUUUAUCAUUUGGGCUCUGGGACUGAAUCUCUUGCCCCUACUUGCAGAAAAACUUGCUAAAUUAAACUUUGUCAGGGUAAUGAGCUGAAUGGAAUUUGUGGUGCUUUCACUUGGACUUCACUCAAGUCAAGACCUCAACCCUCCAAGGGCUCAACCCAGACAGGAAUUCCCUGAGAGAACUCCCUCAUUUCCUCUCUGCAGCAUAUAGCAGGACUUGCCUACAGGGAGUCAAGGGCCAUACCCUGUUCCCAUCAGGGCAACCGGACAAGCAGCAUGCAUUUAGGCAAGGCAGCCUGGUCACCAUGCCCAGCCCACUAGGUAUAAACUCUGCCCCGCUCUCCCAGCAAGAAAGCACUUCAAAAUGCAAA